GUACUGGAUCUGAUCGCUGUAUGGGGAGAGGAUUCCGUGCUAACAGAAUUCCGUUCCAAAAGACAAAAUGAAAAAACAUUUGAAAAAAUUUCCAAGGCCAUGAUGCAGAGAGGCCACACCAGGGACUCAGUACAGUGCCGUGUGAAAGUUAAGGAGCUCAGACAAGCCUACCAGAAAACCAAAGAAGCAAACGGAAAGUCCGGGGCAGAGCCGAAAACAUGCCGCUUCUAUGCUGAGUUGCAUGCACUUCUAGGGGGGUCCGCCAGCACUACCCCACUCCUGUCCAUGGAUUCCGAGGUGGGGGUGGUAAUCGCAGCCAUGGUAGAGAAUUCUGCGGACGGGGAAGAUGAGGAGGAAGAGGAGGACGAGUUUAUAAAGAGCACACAGCACUCUGUUCUCCCCAACAGCCAAGAGCUUUUUCUCACCCUGACAGAAUUACCCUUCCAGCCCUCCCAAGCCACUAUCCCAGACAAUGAAGCCAUGGAAGGGACCUCUGCUGCAAAUUUUUCAAGCCUCCCUACUCUGUCCGGAAAGCUAUCUCAGAUAAGGCGGUGGAAAAAAAAGAGGCGAGAAGAAAUGUUUUCGGAAAUCAUGAAAGUGACCCGCAAUAAAAGAGCUCAUCUGAAUGAGUGGAAGGACAUAGUAGCAAAGUACACGAAAGAUACCAGUGACCGUGAGGACAGGAGGGACCAACGUGAGGACAGGAGGGAUGAAUGUGAGGACAGGAGAGAUGCUUGAGAUGAGAGGAGAGAUGCCUGAGAUGACAGGUGGCAGCAGAAAGAUCAGCGGUGGCGGGAUGCAACUCUGGGGCUGCUGCGUGAUCAAACUGACUUGCUCCAGCAUAUGGUGGAGCUUCAGGAACAGCAGCAGGAUCACAGAGUGCCGCUGCAGCCCCUGUAUAGCCACCCUCUCCCCUCACCAUGUUCCUUAGCCUCCUCACCCACCAGACGAGUAAGAACUCAUGGAGGUAGGCUCCGUGCACCCGCCCACUCCACCCCAGUGGACAGCCCAAUGAAAAGGCUCUCAUUAUUAUGAAAUUUUUUUAGUGGCCUUUUCCUUCCCUACUAUCCUCCUCCCAAACCCCAUCUGAACUACCUUGUCAGUUCUCUCCCUCUUUUUAUAAUUAAGUAAUAAAGAAUACAUGAUUUUUAAAUGAGAGUGACUUUAUUUCCUUAGAAAGCAAGCUGUGAGUCAAUCAAGGGUGGGGGGGUUCAUCAAGGAGAACUGGCUUUCAAAGCUUCUCUAAUGUGCACCGCUUCUUGGUGUGCUCUUCUAAUCGCCCUGGUGUCUGGCUGCACGUAAUCAGCGGCCAGGUGAUUUGCCUCAGCCUCCCACCCCGCCAGAAAGGUUCUCCCCAUUACUCUCACAGAGAUUGUGCAGCACACAGCAAGCAGCAAUAACAAAGGGGACAUUGGUUUGGCUGAGGUCUGAGCGAGUCAGUAAUGUGCGCCAGUGCCUUU